CGGAACACCCAGGCAGACAAGGAGCUGAGGACAGAGCCCUGGGAGGACAAAUCCCCGCGGCAGAACCUGGUGGAAGAGGCCGUUUUGAGCAGCUCCACAUCGCAGGAAUCCAGCGGGGAGGAAAACCACCGGAGAUCCCACAGGAGGAGGGGCUGCAAACGCAGCCCAGGGAGCUGCGAGGAGGAAAGACCCACCCUGUGCCGGGAUGGCGGCCGGAGAUCCAGCCAGAGCUCAAACCUGGUGGUCCACGAGCAGUGUCAUGCUAGGGAGAAACGCUUCAAGUGCUUGGAAUGUGGGAAGAGCUUCAGUAACCGCUCCCACCUGAUUCCCCACCAGAUGAUCCACACAGAUGAGAGGCCCUUCCGCUGCCUCGACUGUGGGAAGGGCUUCAGGUACAACUCCGACCUCACCAGGCACAAACGCAUCCACACCGGGGAGAGGCCCUACGAGUGUCCCGAGUGCGGGAAGAGCUUCUCCAGGAGCUCUCACUUGACCACACACCAACAGAUCCAUGUGGGGGAACGGCCCUAUGUGUGUGGGGAAUGUGGGAAGAGCUUCAGCACAAGCUCCCACCUGAUCCGCCACCGCCAGGUCCACACAGGGGAGAGGCUCUAUGUGUGUGGGGAAUGUGGGAAGAGCUUCAGCACAAGGUCCAACCUGAUCCGCCACCGCCAGGUCCACACAGGGGAACGGCCCUAUGUGUGUGGGGAAUGUGGGAAGAGCUUCAGCCACCGCUCCCACCUGAUUCGCCACCAGAUGAUCCACACAGGGGAACGGCCCUACGAGUGUGGGGAGUGUGGGAAGAGGUUUCAGACCAGCUCCAGUCUCCUCCAGCACCAGCGGAUUCACACAGAUGAGAGGCCCUUCCGCUGCCCCGACUGCGGGGAGGGCUUCAGGUACAACUUUGACCUCACCAGGCACAAACGCAUCCACACCGGGGAGAGGCCCUACGAGUGUCCCGAGUGUGGGAAGAGCUUCUCCAGGAGCUCUCACUUGACCACACACCAACAGUGCCACCAGUAAGGGAAGCCCUGCGAGUGCCCUGAGUGCAGGAAGAGCUCCAACUUCAUCUCGCAGCAGAGGAUCCAUGUGGGGGAGAAACGCUUCAAGUGCUUGGAAUGUGGGAAGAGCUUCAGUAACCGCUCCCACCUGAUUCCCCACCAGAUGAUCCACACAGAUGAGAGGCCCUUCCGCUGCCUCGACUGUGGGAAGGGCUUCAGGUACAACUCCGACCUCACCAGGCACAAACGCAUCCACACCGGGGAGAGGCCCUACGAGUGUCCCGAGUGCGGGAAGAGCUUCUCCAGGAGCUCUCACUUGACCACACACCAACACCGACAUCACACUAGGGAGAAACGCUUCAAGUGCUUGGAAUGUGGGAAGAGCUUCAGCCAGAGCACCACCCUGAUCCACCACCGGUUGAUCCACACAGGGGAACGGCCCUAUGUGUGUGGGGAAUGUGGGAAGAGCUUCAGCCGCCGCUCCCACCUGAUUCGUCACCAGAUGAUCCACACAGGGGAACGGCCCUACGAGUGUGGGGAGUGUGGGAAGAGGUUUCAGACCAGCUCCAGUCUCCUCCUGCACCAGCGGAUUCACACAGAUGAGAGGCCCUUCCACUGCCCCGACUGCGGGGAGGGCUUCAGGUACAACUCCGACCUCACCAGGCACAAACGCAUCCACACCAGGGAGAGGCCCUACGAGUGUCCCGAGUGCGGGAAGAGCUUUCAGACCAGCUCCAAUCUCCUCCUGCACCAGCGGAUUCACACCGAUGAGAGGCCCUUCCGCUGCCCCGACUGUGGGAAGGGCUUCAGGUACAACUCCGACCUCACCAGGCACAAACGCAUCCACACCGGGGAGAGGCCCUACGAGUGUCCUGAGUGUGGGAAGAGCUUCAGCCGGAGCAAUCACCUUAUCUGCCACAAGAUGAUCCACACUGGGGAGAGGCCCUAUGAGUGUCCCGAGUGCGGGAAGAGCUUCUCCAGGAGCUCUCACUUGACCAGACACCAACAGUGCCACCAGUAAGGGAAGCCCUGCGAGUGCCCCAAGUGCAGGAAGAGCUCCAACUUCAUCUCGCAGCAGAGGAUCCAUGUGGGGUGAUGCACAGUGACCCCCGUUGGGCAGAGACCUGGUGACCCCUGUUCCAGAUGAUCCCCAUGGUUGCAGGGAAUGUUUGAGAGAUUUAUUUCACUUCUCAUUCUCGUACUCUGAUUUCAUUGCUAAUAAAUGCAAUCCCUGUCC